AGUUUCGUAAAAUUGUUCGUUGUUAGUUGGUUAGCACUAAAAGGCUUAGUUAGUUUGAAGAGAAUGUUUUUUGUAUGAAAUGGUUAGUUAUAUUUUUUUUCAAUAUUUUAUAGAAAUAAAUAUUAUAGUAUAAAAUUGCUGAAACGUAUAAUCUCUGUUUCGAAUUUUUUUAUUGUAUAUUACAUAUUCCAAAUGUAAAAAAAAAUUAUAGAAUUUCUUUUUCAACCGUAAGGACUGCUUAUUAAAUAUUCUUUUGUAAAUUUGUCAUUUAAUCAUUCCAUAUCCAUGUUCCUAAAUGUCAGGCGUGUAUUUUGUAUUAUUAUCUGCACAUUUAUUAAUUCAUUUGUCAAAUGGUACGAAUUUUUUUCGAACGAUCUUUCUUUGAUGGCGGGUAAAAUAAAAUAAAAUUUUCAGGUAGCCAAUGAGCAUCGAAGUAUGUUGGAGUUUUAUAAACGAUCCAUUUAUCGCCCCUUUGUUUACAUUUCGUCUUUUCAAUUUCAAUUUCCUGGAAUCAACUAGACCUUUUUCAUUAUCUGUUAUGUCUAUUUUCGCAGUUUCGUAAUACUAUGAAUCAGCUUAUAAGGAACCGAUCAUCGAAGAAGAUAAGAAAAAGAGAAGAAUUCUUAUCAUCGGAUGAACAUGUCAAAAUAGUAACAUUUUGUAAAUACAGGAAAAAAAGCUUUCAUAAAUACGGCUUCCCUGAUAAGCCUGAACUACAAUGUUGUGGUUAUGGAGAAAUUGAAAAAGCUAAUGGAAUAUUUGUUAUGCCUAAUGGUCAUACGGGCUUUCAUCUGAAACCAACAAUGAUAAGAGAUACAGUCUUGCAUAUUAGAUCUGAAAAGAGAUUAUUGAACGUUAAAGAAAAAAAAUCAGUGGUUAAUAACAUAAUAUAUAAAGUAAAUAUACCCAGAUCCCUGACGAUAUCAUCAAAUCGAUACCCUAAUACUUGUCAACCAAUUGUGCUUGCCCUGAAAGUGGAUGUUUGUGUAAUCGAAAUUAUGUCAAUCGUGUCAAAGAGAAGAGAAUUCUAUAUUAUCCGAUUGAAAGAAGAUUUUAGCAGUUGUUUGUGUAAAGUUCAAUUAACAGUCGAUCAAUCAAUGGAUUCUCCUGGUCAAUCUAGUCAUUAUUUUGCAUUAAUUUCUCCUAAUUGUAAAACAGUAAUAAUAUCUCCCAUCAAAUAUUCAUACAAUACGUUAAUGAAGACAGAAGCUGAGUUGGAGCCUUUGACAAAAUUUGACGAAGGCAUUGUUUAUAUCUUCAAAGAAAUAGAUAAACCUAAAGACUCAAAUGAGGAAUAUUUUGUGAUAUAUGCAUAUGAUAAUCGCUUCUCAAAUGAUGUAGUGUAUAGAUGUCGAAAUAACGUGGUCCAAUGUUUCGAUUAUGAAAGUAAUUUGGUGUUAAAUGAAGUUACGGUAAAGGAUGAUGCAUUAGAAAAAGGAGGCAGAGUUCGUCAAAUUGUAUCAUCAACUACUGGAUACUAUGUAGCUGUUAAACUGCUUGAUGAAACUCAAGGGGCUAUUAUUAAUAAAGUGAUAAUCUUCUGUGCCUACGAUUUAAACCCUAUCUACACCACCAAUUGUUCAGGACCUCAUUAUUAUGUUUCAGACUAUCUAAAUCUCAAUGUCUUCCCAGCAUUUUCGGAAUGUGAUUCAUUUUUUUCAGUGUUGGUACACUGCGUUGCGGACCGACAUGUCUAUAUUCAUAAAUUACCAAAUAUUUUGAUGAGUUUAAAAUCUAUAUGCAGGCGAAUAAUAAUGCAGAGAAUCCGAAUGAGCAAUGUUUACGAUCUUGAUGUGCCUCCUGCGAUAAUUAACUUUCUAAAAAAUGAAUACUGAUACAAAAAAGAGUGAGAAUUUUUCUCGCCUAAUGGUACAAUUAAUGGAAUAGACUACUUUUUGGAUAUGUUAAGCUCAUUUACUAUAUAUAUAAUUCGAUGGAUAAGUUAAAAGUAAAGAAAUAUUCACCCUAUUAUUUUCACCUUUGACGUAUCUUAUUAAAACAAAUCAGACUCUUUGUUGCGAAUCUUUUCCUUUUGUUUGUCUAUCAAAUACAUUUUACGCAUUAUAUAUGGAAUGAAAAUAGACUCUUUAUCUAUUUCUUUAGUUUUGUAUUGC